CCUUAUAUUAUUGUUGUGCGAAUUUGACGUAAGGAUUCAGCAUUUCUCAGUUUAACGUCAAGAUCUAAUUAUAAUAAUGACUAAUUACUCGGAAAUUUUAAAAAGCGUCUUUAACGACAUAAGCCGGCGUUCUGCUUAUUCGCAAAUGUUGAUUGGAGUUACAUCGGGAUGGGCAACUGGAUUCACAACUAUGAAGAUUGGCAAAUUUGCCGCUUUUGCUGUUGGCGGAAGCAUCAUUUUGCUAGAAGUCGCUCAUCAAGAAGGACUGAUUAAAAUCAAUUGGUCAAAGCUGGAUAAAAGCGUCGACAGGCUCGCCGACAAAGUAGAAUCCUCAUUGGGUCGCGAGAAAAAUUGGAAAGACAAGACGGAACGAUAUGUCGACAACCAAUUGGAUAAAGCGGAAAGCUUGUUGACCAGGAAAGGCAAGAAAGUAGCCAAGUGGUACACAAAAUUAAUUGGCGACGAAGAGGGACCGAAAGUAAACGAUCUGCACAUAUUUUUGGCUUCAUUUUUCGGUGGCGUUGCCCUAGGCAUUGCUACUGGUUAAGUUAAUUUAUAUAUGCACAAAAAAUAUUUAAAUACCAUAUGGUUAUUAUAAAGAAAUCUCAUGAAAUAAAAAAGUCAAAGGAUAAUGCAAUGGUU